AUGGGACACAAGGGAAUGUCAUUGGAGUACACGAAGGCAGCAUGUCAUUUUGUUUUUCUCGGACAACUAUUUUUGCAUCUCUCUUUGAUUCUGAUUUGCAUUUUUACUUCACUCAACUUGUUUCAACAAAUGUCUUCGAUUGAAAGUUUUGACGCAACAACAUUCUGUUUCUGUCCUUCCCUAUUGCUGUUUAUAAUCCAGGGAAAUUGUGAGAAUGACGUGUUUGAAGUUAUUCCGUUCAUCGUUCUGCUUCUGCGACCGCAAGCAAUACAUGCAAAAAUGAUGUUUAUGCUAUGGAUGCGCUUGUAUCUAUAUGAGGGUGGAUCCUUAUGUACUUACAAAUGUUUGUCCAAUAUGAAUAAAAUGCCUUCCGGCGGUAUCAGAGAAAUUUGA